AACACAUGCAAUACGGACCUGCAGAACUGCAAUCAAUCGUAGAAGAAAUCAGAGUCAUGUACCUGCCGUUCAUAACCGUUGUUGGCCUUCUUGCGGUAUUUACAGUUGCAUUAGGCGCUCCAGUUAAUCAAACAGUUGGAAUCAGUUGGAAUGAAGUCACAGAGGGCUCGUUAAAACUAAAUGAACUUGCUAAAAGACUCAUAACUGAGGAGCUCAGUCAUUUGAAAAAUGUGGAAAGAGUUGUCAAAGGGCCAAGAGUGCUGGUGGAAGCCACAGACAAAUGUGAUCCAAAAAACCUAAGAGCAGAUUCAAUGCCUUGUCUUAAGAAGAUGGUUUUUGCUCUGAAGAACUACAGUACAGUAUUUGGGAUAAUUAGUCAGUUCAAGAAUAACUGUGCAAAAACUGGAAAGAUGGUGAACACAGUAGUGAAAAAACUCCUUUUAGACUUGAAGGAGCCCCAUCCUCAUUCAGAAGAGAAGUGGCAGGAAGUGAAGAGCUGGGAAGAGCCAGGACUGUGUCGUGACAAUAUUGAGAAGCUGUUCUCCUUCUCCAUCCUCAUGGCUCGUGUCUUUGCCCCUGGUGAUCCUGCAAAACACAUAAUGGAUUCGCCUAAAUAUUGUAUCUAAAGCUGCGAAGCAGGCCACAAUUGAUUCAUCAUCUGUGAUCUGUUUCAGUAUUAGACAACAUAGUAGUAGAUGGACAUCUACAUUAAUUGUAUGAUCAAUUUGAUCAAAAUAGUCUGAAAUGACAAGUAACUUUUGUGGUGUUGUAUGUUAUUACAAUGUUUCAUAAACAUUUCAUUAACACACUUAUAUAUCUGCCUGUGUUCCACUUUGGAACAGUUGUUUAUAUUUAGGAAUGUAU